AGAAGAUGAAGAAGUGUAGCGAAAUGGGUAGCAAAACUAACGGUUUGUGGGAGUGGAACUUAACAUGGAGAAGGAAGUUGUUCGAAUGGGAAGAGGAGGAGGCAAUGGAAUUACACAACAUGAUUCAAAGAGUGCAGACUUCACAAGGAUGCAUGGAUAGCUGGGAGUGGACCCACAGCAAGGAUGGCCAAUAUUCAACAAAAUCAGCAUACGCAAUUUUAGCAAAGGAGGAGAGGGAAGCAACAGAAAUUACAACCUUCUCAAGAAUUUGGAACUCUGUUCUGCCAAGGAAAAUUUCGGCAUUCAACUGGCAAUUACUACAAGACAGGAUUCCAACUAAAAUGAACCUGUUGACAAGAGGGAUAAUUAAAGACAUCCAAGACUGCAAGUGCGGAAUAUGUGGGGAGGAAGAAGAGGACACAAAGCAUCUGUUUCUGAAAUGUAACAUGGUUCGAUGGUUAUGGAUGGCUUGUGCAAAAUGGUGGGGUAUUAAAGUUAAAUUGGAAGCGGACUGCUGGAAUACCUUUCAAGUUGCUGGAAGAGAACCAAAAGAGAAAUGUAUUAGAGAUGGAUGGGAUUGCAUUUGGAAUUCUCUAGCGUGGACAGUGUGGCUGGCUCGAAAUCAAAAUACAUUCCAAGGCAAAGAGAUUAACUGGGAGAAGCUGUUGGAGCUCAUCCAAUUAAAGUCGUUCCAUUGGAUCACAGCAAAAAAAGAAAGGUAUGCCUUCACUUUAACGGACUGGUUUAUUAAUCCAGUUGCAUGCUUGAAAGAUUGCCAUAGGAAAAGAUAGGUACCAAUUAAAUAAUCUGUGGGAGGGGAGGGUAUUGAUGAUAUCUGGAAGGUCUGGAUAUGUUUUUUGCUUAGAUGGAUUGAGGUGCUGUGUAAUAGGGGCUCUUUAAGGCUUUUUGAGCAAUCAUUGACUGUAAUGGAAUUCACCUGUAGUCAAUGCAUGAUCAAUGCAUUGUGGGUCAGUGGGUGCGAUGGGCGAAGGUCUGUUUGAUCUGAACAGGGAGAUUUGUUGUGAACGCAAAGAUGGCAGAAUUCUCGUCACGGGCAUAGUGUCGACACUUCUUGUGGGGGUCGACACCUUGUGUUAACUAGUGAUAUUCAUCAAUUUGGGGUACCUCUUGUAUUCCGCUUAUUAAUAAAUAAUAUGUUUGCUG